AUGGCGGCCUUGCCAGCAGGUGUUCAGUAUGCGUUAUCAUCGGAGUCUAGUUAUAAAGAAAACAAGGAACUAGUGUUUGUGAAAUUAACGGAUUCAGCAUUGAAAGCUAUAGAAGACUUCAUAAAAAAUAAUAGGGACAAAUUGGCUAAACCUAAAAUACAGUUCCUACCCGGAAAUGAAGGGAAAAUCUCUAUACCAGCUCCAAGCAGUGGCAAUGGGUCGUCGGGCGAGUCCACAUUUAAAUUCAGUAUCAAUAGCAAUGCAGAAAUGGAGGGUCCACAGGGUUCGUUUGAAUGCGUCCGAAGUGGGGGCGUGAGGCGUCUGGAGUCAUGCGGGCCGUUGCCGCGAAGGAUGCGUGUCCAGGCGAACGAUGACUCGUAUGAGGCGACCAAGGACCGAAUGUCCAGGACAAUUGCCGCGGAACAGAGCAAAUGCACCCGUGUCAUAAAACCCAACCAAACGGAUAUUGGGCGACGAGUGAAAGUCCGCUCAACACAUCCCAUGUACACGAAUGGGUCGAGUUUGGCCGAUAGGUCUGAUCGACCCGAGAGGCCGGAAAGACCAGAGAGGCCCGAACGGCCAGAGAGGUCAGAACGGCCCGAAAGGCCCGAACGGCCCGAGAGACCCGAAAGACCUGAGAGGUCAGAAAGGCCUGACAGGAUGGAGCGUAUUGAGAGGCCGCCGGUUGUACCAGCGAGCCGUCAACCCCUCUCCGUGCAACCUCAAGUGCAACCGCCGCCGCAACACUCGCAACCCAACCCGCAACCACACCCCCAUCAGCAACGGCCACCCCCCAAUCCAGACCUCACGAGGCGACCUAUAAAAGAAAGACUUAUACAAUUAUUAGCACUGAAACCUUUCAAGAAGCCCGAACUGUACGCGAGACUUAUGAGUGAGGGUAUAAAAGAAAAAGAACGCGGUAUGGUGAACAAGAUCCUGCCAGAAAUAGGUACUCUGAAGGACAACUGUUACCACUUGCGGCGUCACGUGUGGAACGACGUCAACGAAGACUGGCCCUUCUACUCUGAAGAGGAGAAACGUAUGCUCAAGAGG